AUGGCAUCAGUGUCAUUCAAGGACGUGGCUGUGGAGUUCACCCAGGAGGAGUGGCAGCACCUGGGCCCUGCUCAGAGGACCCUGUACAGAGAUGUGAUGCUGGAGAAUUACAGCCACCUCGUCUCACAUCAGGAGUUGAUGAGGAUGUGGAGCAUCGGAGAGUCUCAUCCCUGCUAUGGAGUUGAAACUGGUGCAACCACUUCUGAAAUCAAAUACUACCAACAUGAGGAACUCAUAGAGAAGAGCUCAGAAAACCAAGGCAAACACUGGUGGCAAGUUUUAUUCACCAACAAAAUAUUGACUACGGAGCAAGAGAACAUCUUGGGAACACCAUGUAAACUGAGCAAAAACAUUUUUCCUUCAAGAAUAUUCCCUUCUAAAUGUGACGUUGCAAGACCUACUUACCUUGAUCUAAGCCCAUCUACUCCUGUCGUCUCUCAGAACAUUCCUAAAGAGCAUAACAGUCAUGAUGAACUUAAUAAAUAUAAAUAUAAUGAAAAUGGGAGCACUUUCAGUAGGAUCAGCCAACUUCCAAAAAUUGAUACAGGAAGGAAAAGUUUCAGCCAAAAAUCACACUUUAGAGAAAAUCAAAGAAUUCUUACAGAGGUGAAACCAUUUGAAAAUGGAAAAAUUUUCUGCCCUGAUUCAGCCCUUCCUGAGCAUCAGAAAAGUCACACAACAGAGAAAUUUUCUGAUUAUAACACAUGUAGAGAGACAUUCAGCUACCAGACAGCUCUCAGUGUAUAUCAGAGAACUCACAUAAGAGAAAAACCCUAUGAGUGUAAGGAAUUUGGAAAAUCCUGUCCUAUGAAUUUAGUCUCAGUUCGGCCUCAAAAAAGUUACCGAGGGGAGAAACCCUGUGAAUAUCAUGAAUGUGGGAAAGCUUUCAGUAAAAAGUUACAGCUAAGGAAACAGAGAAUUCACACAGCGGGCAAACCCUAUAAAUGUAUUGGAUGUGAGAAAGCUUUUAGUGCAAAGUCAGGUCUCAGAAUACAUCAGAGAACUCACACAAGGGAGGAACUCAUUGAAUGCAAUGAAUUUGGGAAAUCUUUCAACUGUAAGGCAACCUUCAUAGUACACCAGAGAACUCACACAGGGGAGAAACCCUUUGAAUGUAAUGAAUGUGGGAAAUCGUUUGACUAUAAGUCACACCUCAUAAUACAUCAGAGAACUCACACAGGGGAGAAACCUUUUAAAUGUAAUCAGUGUGGAGGGUCUUUCAGUCAGAAAUCAUAUCUCAGAGUACAUCAGAGAAGUCACACUGGGGAGAAACCCUAUAAAUGUGAUGAAUGUGGGAAAUCUUUCAGUUACAUAUCAGGCCUAAGGAAUCAUCAGCCAACUCACACAGGGGAAAGACCGUAUAAAUGUGAUGAAUGUGGAAAAGCUUUCAGACUGAAGAGAGGCCUAAGAAAACAUCAUAGAACUCACACAGGGGAGAAACCUUAUAAAUGUAGUCAGUGUGGGAUAGCUUAUAGUCAGAAGUCACAACUUAGAGGACAUCAAAGAAUUCACACAGGGGAAAAACCCUUUAAAUGUAGUCAAUGUGGGGAGUCUUUCAGCUGGAAAUCAUAUCUCAGAGUACAUCAGAGAACUCACACUGGGGAGAAACCCUAUAAAUGUGAUGAAUGUGGGAAAUCUUUUCGGCAGAAAUCAAAUCUCAAUGGACAUCAGAGAACUCACACAGGGGAGAAACCCUAUGAAUGUAAUGAAUGUGGAAAAGCUUUCAGCCAGAAUUCAGUUCUAAGAAUACAUCAGAGAACUCACACAGGAGAGAAACCCUAUAAUUGUAAUCGGUGUGGAGAAUCUUUUAGGCAGAAAUCAACCCUCACAAUACAUGAGAGAACUCACACUGGGGAGAAACCCUACAAAUGUGAUGAAUGUGGAAAAACUUUCAGCCAGAAAUCAAGCCUUAAAGAACAUCAGAAAGCCCACCAAAAGGUUUAAACAUAUGGAUAGUAGGAGCUGGAAAUCAUACCUCAUAAAACACCAGAGAACAUGCAGAAAAAAGAAACCCUAUGAAUAAAUGAACUUUGGAAGUUCCUCUGCAAAAUAUCAACCUUUAAAUAUCAGAAAACUUACACAGGAAAGAACUUCUUGAAAUACACUUUAUAUGGAAUGUGUCUCAGUGAGAAUAUAGUCCUCCUUAGAUAGCAGAGAGUUCACCCAAGAACAAAACCCUGUAAAGGUAAUUAAUAUGGGAAACAUUUUGUGUGAAUUCAGCCUUCAGAAAAUU